UUUCACAACUACAAACACACAUAAUCUAUCUCUCAAGUAACCAUCUUAAUACAUACCUUUCUUCUUCCCUUAGGCACGGCGAGCGAUCGCCUUAACCAUGGGAGUUUCACUAAUAAUGGGGCAUGAGUUUAAACUUGUUAUGUUGGUUGCUCUUAUGGUGAGCUCAACUUAUGUGUAUGGUGUAGGCAACUUCAAUAACGAUUUUGAAUCCACAUUUGGUGGAGAAAGGGUCAAGAUUUCCGGACCGGGUAACUCGGAUUUGGCACUUACCUUAGACAAAUAUUCUGGAUCUGGUUUCCGCUCUAAGAGAGAUUACUUAUAUGGGAGGUUAGAUAUGCAGAUGAAAUUUGUUGACGAUAACUCUGCUGGCACUGUUACCACUCUUUAUUUGACAUCUGAUCAAAGCACGGGAAGACACGACGAGAUCGAUUUCGAGUUCUUGGGAAAUGUGUCCGGGCAGCCUUACACCAUCCACACCAAUGUGUUUAGCCAAGGGCAAGGCAGCAGGGAGCAGCAGUUCCACCUUUGGUUUGACCCAUCCAAGGCCUUCCAUACCUAUUCCAUUGUUUGGAACCCAAAACUCAUCAUGUUCUUAGUAGACGAAACACCAUUAAGAGUUUACCGAAACUACGAGAAUCAUGGAAUCAUAUCCUUCCCAAAGAAUCAACCCCAAAAGAUCCACGCUAGCCUUUGGAACGCCGACGAUUGGGCAACACAAGGUGGAUUAGUGAAGACAGAUUGGUCUAAGGCUCCGUUCACGGCCUACUACCGUAACUUCAACAUCGAUACCUCGCCUAAUGGACAGUGGCGUAACCAUGAUCUUAAUGCAAACAGUAGGAGGAGAUUGAGAUGGGUUCAGAAGAACUAUAUGGUUUACAACUAUUGUACCGAUUGGAAACGAUUUUCUCAAAGUUUCCCUCCGGAGUGCAAGCAUGCCAAGUUCAAUUAAUUAGGAUUAUUAUUAAUGUAGUUUUCAUUAUUGUUAUUGUUUAACAAUAUUAUUAUUUAAUCAUAUGAUAUAAUUUCAUAUGAGCUCGGAUUUGUAUUUGAAUUUUCAAUUCUACUUAUAGUCUUAUAUUGAAAUAAAUAUAUAUUUUGUAUACA